ACAAUUAAAAUGAUAACAAAUUGAAAAUAAAUAUUUUUUCGAAAAUUUUUAAGAAAUAACUUGUCUACUAUGAGUGAGGAAGAUUUCAAGCUUGAAGAAUACUUCAAUAAAUGCCGAUGCUGUUUCAGGAACUUGGAAGAUGAGAAAGGUUUCGUAAAAAUUUCAAGAUUAAUUCAGCAAAGAUUUUUUGAUUUAACAGAAAUUCAGCUGGUUGAAAAUGAAGCCUACUCAAGUGUCAUUUGCAAUUUUUGCGAUAAUGAUUUGGAAGUGUUUUCAAAAUUUCGAUUUAGUCUUGUUGAGAAACAAAAUAAAUUAUAUCGUGCUGGAGAAAAAUGUGGUUACCUAAUAUCUUAUCCUGAGCUCACUACAUCUCCGAAAAUUACAAUAAAAGCAGAGAUCGAAGAUGAACUAAAUAAUGAAGACAUAUUUAUUGAUUGUCCAACUUUCAUAGGAAAUAAUGAAUUGAAAGUAGAAAAUUUUGAUUAUUAUGAUGACAAAAAAAUUCAUAAGAAAAGAAAAGAGAUUGAAGUAAACAAUGAGGAACAUCAGAAGCUUCUCGAAGAAUUCAAAAUAGAAUUAAAAAAGAACAAGGAUAAAAACGUUCAAUGCCCAAGGUGUUUUAAAUUUCUUCAUCGUGAUUCAAUUAAAGAGCAUAUUAAUGUUGUACAUUUCAAACAAAAUAAGUUUCAAUGCGAACAUGAAGAUUGCGGUUAUAGUGCAUCCCGAUUUGGAAGAGUCAUGAUGCAUAUGAAAGCUGUUCAUAAGUACGAAAUAGAUUCCAAAUACGAACAAACAAAACAGCCUAAGAAGCAAUGUAACGUUUGCGGUUCUUUAGUAAGAAAUUGGCGUCGCCAUGUUAUGAAAGUUCACAUGAAUAUAAAAAAUUUCUUUUGCGAUUCAUGUCCAUAUGGCGCUUUCUUCAAAUAUGAUUUAGAACAACAUAUGAGAGUGCAUAUUCAAAAGCAGCCUAAAGAACCGCAAAAAUAUUUCUGUGAAAUGUGUGGUCUUGAUUUUGAAAAACGUUUUCAUCUCAAUGCUCAUGUUAAAGCAAAACAUACAAAAAGAGAACGAAUUCAUCAGUGUUCCAUUUGCGAAAAAGCAUUUUUCUCAGCAGAGAAUCUCAAAAAGCAUGUUGAGUCUCAUGGCGCAAAAGUUAUGCCUUGUGAAUUUUGUGGAAAACUUUUUUCAUGUAUGAACAAUCUCAGGACGCAUCUUUAUUAUCAUUCCGAGCCAAAAUUUAUUUGCGACUUUCCUAACUGCGAUAAGAAGUUUUACAUGAGAAAGCGUUUGCGGGCACAUGUUAAAACGCAUAAUGGACAGAAAGAUUUUGGUUGUACAUUUUGUGAAAAAAGUUACUUCUCACAAAAUGAUCUCAACCGACAUUUGUUUUCCAUACAUCAAAAAAUGCGCUUCUUUUGUCAAGUUCCCGGAUGUCACGGAAAUUUUUCACGACGUGAGUAUUACAAAAAACAUGCCAUUGCACAUCAUCAAAGCCUCGGUCCGGAAGGUUUAUUAAUCCUCCUUCAAAGUAUAAAAGAAGCACUGCCGUGUCAAAAAUUUUAAGCUUCUAUUG